UUUCAUUCGUGUGUAAGCAGAAGACAAAGUACUUGUCAAAUGGUUGAAACAGAUACAAUAAAAAAAAUCGUGAGUUUCGACUUCACUGCACUUCACUGUCGUUAUUUGUUCGCUUUUCACUUCCCAUUUAUACCCCUCAAACAACCCUCACUGUUAUGUAGAGCUGAAGCACUUCUUCACAAUCCAAUUAUCCAUUUUUCUGGUUUUCCUUGCUUUCAUUUCACAGAGAGAUAAGACUCUAGAUGGCCACGGCUGACGGAAUAAAGGGCGAUUAUGCUCCUAUCUUAGAUCCAGAACACCCACCAUUGGGAAAAUUUGACAAGCCACUUCCAUGUUUUGGUUGCGGCAUUGGAUGGUUCUCUUUUCUGCUAGGAUUUGCAUGCCCAUUGACGUGGUAUUAUGCAACAAUUCUCUACUUUGGAAAUUACUAUCAUAAGGAUCCAAGGGAGCGUGCUGGACUCGCUGCUUCUGCAAUCGCUGCUCUGAUCUGCACCAUUACUGUGGUGAUAACAAUACUUGUUAUUUUCUUGUAACUUUAGAUCCGAAUAUCAAUCAACUAACCUAAAUGUAAUCAAUUAGCCACGGAAAAAAGCAAAUGAAAAUCACUUCUAAUAUCAUCAGCUUCUACACGAGGAAAGCAAGGCUUAUUCACAUGGUAGAUCAAGCUCUUGGCAUGCAAAACUAGUUCAGUUCCAUUUUAUGAGGUGCAUAAAGCUAUGUUUCUAUUCCCUUAUUAUAGGCAUGAUGUACCUAAUUAACUAGAUUCUCAUGAACCUAUUUUAGUAUGCAUGCACGUGUCUUUGGGAAUGUUAAUUAGUAGUUGCUAACUUUCUAUCAUGUAUUUGAAGGAAAAUGGAAAAAGAAAAGAUCCAUUGCUUUCUGUGUCGUGGUGUCCUUUUUUCUAAGUUUGUAUUCUACUUGGUGCCUCUUUUGUCGUUGUUAAAA